UUCUUGUAAUUAUCUGCUUAUUAAGACUUCUUUCCCAUUUCUUAUUUUGGACCAUUAGUCAAUUAUUAGCUUUUACAUGGUGCAUAGAUAUUUUUAAUACUUGGUGGAAUCAAUCUGAUCUCUUGAUCACUUCUUAAGAUACUUUCAUGUGGGCUCAUUUACAUUUGCUUUCUAAUUUUGAUUCCAGUUUUCAAUUUCCUCAUUUGGAUUGAGUUUUGGUGGGUUUCUUCAAAAUCAGUGGUUUGUAUUUACUUGGUUUUGCAUGUAAAUUCAGGGGAUGAAUUUGUGUGUGGGUUUAACUUGUUUUAGAUAGCUAGGCAGAAUCUGCUGAUUACUUUAUGCUUUGAGAUGAAAUGUAUUAGUAGAAUUUAAUCUUGAAAUCGUUAGGUGUUAAUAUCCAUCUAAUUUCAUUGCAUUACCAAUUCGCAGAUAUAUAUGCACAUUUACAUUAUUUCAUGCAUCUAUAGGUCUGGGGUGUAUGCACAGGGAAAGAUAAAUAGAGAUAAGAAUUAAUAGAGGUUGAGUGUUAGAUAAUUAGAUUGAUCUGGCUUAUUUUUGGUGAUAUCAUAAAGCAAUUGGCUUUGAACAUUGUUGUAAGCUACCAGUCUGAUUGCAAUGUGGAGUAAUUUUAACUUCAAGAAUUUUGGAAAUGAUCCACCAGCCGAUGGAGGCGGUGGUGGAAGGCCACCGGGUAGUUCGGGUAGUUUUCCUUUGACAAGGCAGUCAUCAAUCUAUUCAUUGACUUUUGAUGAGCUCCAAAUCUCCAUGGGGAUGAAUGGAAAGGAUUUUGGGUCGAUGAACAUGGAUGAGUUGCUGAAGAACAUAUGGAGUGCCGAGGAGAAUCAAAACUUGGGAUCCGCUAGUGGAGCUGGUGGCCAAGAAGGGGUUGGCCAAUUGCAGCGGCAGGGAUCCUUGACGCUUCCACGGACACUGAGCCAGAAGACAGUUGAUGAGGUCUGGAGAGAGAGGUGGAAUGAGUAUAGUGGCGUGAAGAAUGAGAAUGGUGAUGCUGGUAACUUGAAUAUGCCUUGGAGGCAACAGACUUUAGGGGAGGUAACACUUGAAGAAUUCUUGCUGAAAGCAGGCGUAGCGAGGGAAGAUGCCCAGUUUGCUGGAAAUCCUACCGGUAUUGGAGGUUUUGAUGAUUUGCCUGGCAGUGGGAACAAUACUGGAUUGGGAUUUCUGUAUCAACAGGCUAACAGGAAUGCAGGGUUGAUGGCUAAUAGGAUUCCUGGAAGUGGUAAUCAGAUUGCUAUGCAGUCUUCUAAUAUACCAUUGCAUGUGAAUGGGUUCAGAUCUGCUGCACAACAGAUGGAGAGUCAACAGCAGUUGACGCAGCAAGAGCUCCUUCCAAAUCAGCCUGCCUUCGCCUAUGGAGCUCCCAUGGAUAGGAAUCAGAUUGAUAUGCAGUCUGCAAAUUUACCACUGAAUGUGAAUGGAGUCAAACCUGCCGGACAACAGCCGGAUGGUCAACAAAGGCCUGUGCAGCAGCAGCACGAGCUUCUUCCAAAGCAGCCUGCCUCGCCUUAUGGAGCUCCCAUGGGUAUUCCAAGUAGUGGACAGUUGAGUAGUCCAGCAACUAGGGGCGGGAUUCUUGGGAAUUCUGAUCCAGUGAAGACUAAUAAUUUAGUUUCUAGUGCAGGCCUACAGGGUGGAGGACUUGGGGUGGUUAGUUUAGGAACUGGGGGUGUUUCUGUUGCCACAGGAUCUCCAGCUUUUUCAAAAGAUGGGUUUGCAAAGAAUAAUGGAGAUACAUCUUCCAUAUUACCUGUCCCUUAUGUGUUUAGUGGCGGCUUACGGGGCAGGAAAGGUCCUGCUCUGGAGAAAGUUGUGGAAAGGAGGCAGAAAAGAAUGAUAAAAAACAGAGAAUCAGCUGCAAGAUCACGAGCUCGAAAGCAGGCAUACACAACGGAGUUGGAAGCAGAAAUUGCAAAACUGAAGGAGGAAAACCAAGGAAUGCAGAACAAACAGGCAGAAGUAAUUGAAAUGCAGAAGAAUCAGGACAGGCACUUGGGAUACGUGCUGGCUUCCUUGCCAACGAAAAUUUGGCCGUGUGUCGUAUCUAUUGCCUGACUGAAUAUGCGGAUGUGGUCGUGAAUUUAUGUGUAUAUGUUCUGGAGAUGAUGAAUCAACAGAAUGGAGCAGAUCGACGGUGCUUGAGACGUACACAAACGGGGCCAUGGUGAAUGUAUAUCAUCAUGGAUAUGUAUAGAGGUCACUGUAAAUAUUUAUGAAAGAUUCUGCUGUAGAUCGAAAAAAAAUGAGACGAGUAGUGUUUGCUGUAAACUAUGCGUCGUAUUGUAGAUCUUUUUGAUUGUUUUCUGUUGCAAUUGCGCUCUUGCGCGCAAUAUGUAGGUAGACGGUAGAGCCAAACAACAUACAAUGGAGUGAAUUAGAACUUAUUUCAUUGUACUUAAUUGUUAAUUACAAGGCUUUAUGCCUUGUAGAGUUACUGUCAUAACAGUUCAUUAUCUUACGCUAUGGGAUAGUGUGUGAGUUUGAGAC